UAUUAACCAGAUAUUUAAUUCCACAUUCUUUCUUAUCCCCUGGAGAUAUCUUUGUUUUUGCAAACACUAGUCUAGAGAGAUGAGCUCAUUGCCAUUUUCCUUGGCCUCUCCAGCACACACAAAACAAAUAAGAAGUCCCCCCACAGCACAAGCCUCAUCAGCCUUUAAGACUUUUGGCAACAAUGAGCAGAGAUUUAACAAGAAGGCUGCUAAUGAGCAGCUGCAAGUAAAUGUGGAGAAAACAUCAAUGAGCUUGUUGGGAAGAAGAGAAGCCAUUGGCCUUGGCUUGUCUUUCACUGCUCUUGUUGAUUUUCUUGGCCAAAACGCCGCGGUGGCUGCAGAAGCUACUGCCCCGUGUGAAUUCACUACGACUCCUUCAGGCCUUGCCUUCUGUGAUAAAGUUGUUGGAUUUGGCCCUGAAGCUUCCAAAGGCCAAUUGAUCAAGGCACAUUAUACCGGAAAACUGGAGAAUGGGAAGGUGUUUGACAGCAGCUAUAACCGCGGGAAGCCUCUUACAUUUCGGAUUGGUGUUGGUGAGGUUAUUAAAGGAUGGGAUCAAGGAAUUCUUGGAGGAGAUGGAGUUCCACCGAUGCUCGCUGGAGGAAAGCGUACAUUGAAACUACCUCCGCAGCUUGGAUAUGGAAUGAGGGGAGCCGGUUGUAAAGGAGGUUCAUGCAUCAUUCCUCCGGAUUCAGUUCUUCUGUUUGAUGUGGAGUUCAUAGGAAAGGCAUAGGCAUGAGAUUUGAUGGGGUUUCUAGCAUUACACUUGCAGGAUACUAAGAUAGCGACAACUGAAAAGUAUCCUGGAACAGCCUCUCUUCUUCGGAAUAACAAUAGAGCUGCGACGACGCGUCGACGCAUAUAUUCAUUGUACACAAAAUGGAUGGACCAAUAGUGGAGUGAGUUUGAAUGCAUUUCAAUCACUUAAUCGCUGUUACAGAUAGACCAUCCUAUAUAUUUUUCCCUACAAGAUCCUGAAACUGUAUGAAACUAGACACAAUCAACUUCUUUGCUUGUGAAAAACUAGAUAAUAAGAGAUUGCUCACCAAAAUAUAUUAGGAUUGGUGACAAUCUGAAAAUGGCUGAGAUAAUAAUAUUGCUCUAAGAAAGAUGAUUUGUCUCUCAA